UCUUUCUUCAAGAAAAGUCUUUUCACAAUAUUCCCAUCUCGCCGGACGAUGUCUGAGGGCCAAACCCCCGCAGCUGCCCCAGAGAGCCAGGAGCAGCAGAACACAGCAAGUCAAGUGGCCGGUCUGCCCUUGUUCAAAUCGACUUAUGACAUGGUCUCCUCUGCCCUGGCCUCUGCCAAAGAAACUCACCCGUCAAUCAAAUAUGUGUGUGAGGCGGCAGAGAAAGGAGUGACUGCCAUUGCUGGCGCUGCUGUCACUGGAGCGUCUCUGGCUGUGACUGUGAUGGAGCCUCUGUCACCAGUGGCAAAUGAGGAUAGUUGCCAGAGCCUGGAGACGCUGCCAAUCCAAGAGCCAGCUGACAAGGAUCUCUUAGACACUGAGGAGGUGGAUGCCAAGGAUGCCGUGAACAACAGAAUGACUGAUGUGAUAGAUGUAACCAAGGAGACUCUCCAGGGCAGCGUGGAGACUAUGAAAUCAGCUAUGACCAGCACAGCCAUGGAUUCCACAGUGUGUCAAAUGGCUAGAAGAGGAGUGGAAGCUGUGCUGGAAAAAUCAGAGGGUCUGAUGGAUCACUGUCUCCCCAUCACAGAUGAAGAACUAGCUACGCUUCCUGUAUCGGUGGAGGGCGCUGAAGGGCCUGCUGUCCAGCAUCAGGGCUACUUUGUGCAGCUGGGCUCCUUGUCAGCUCAGCUCCGCCAACGUGCCUACCACCAUUCCUUGGGCAAAGUGAGGCAGGCCAAGCAGUACAUGCAGGAGAACUUCCUGCAGUUCCAUGAAGUCCUAAGCCUGGUUGACUCCAUCCGGCAGAAUGUUGAUCAGAAGCUUCAGGACAGCCAGCAGAAGCUGCACCGCAUGUGGCUUGAGUGGAGCAGCAGGCCGUUGGAAGGCAGUGAUGAUGCACCUUCUCCAGAGCCAGAGCAGGUGGAAUCGCAGACUCUGGCCAUGUCUCAGAGCAUCACUCAGCAGCUGCAGGACAUCUGUCAGAGUCUGAAGGCCAGCAUCCAGGGUGUCCCCUCCAGCAUUGAGGACAAGGUGCAGCAAGUUCUCCAGAACUUAGAAGAGCUCCACAGUUCCUUCUUUACUGCCAAGUCCUUCCAGGACCUACCCAGUGCCUCCCAGAGCCAGGAGAAGAUAAGCAAAACUCAAGAAAUCAUAGACGAGCUGCUUGAGUAUGUAGAGUACAACACACCUUUCUCCUGGCUGGUAGGACCCUUCACCCCAUCUGGCAGAGCCUAUGUAACGCCAAAGGAAGAGGUGACCCAGAAGAAGACAGACUAGGAACCAUGUUAUAUUGGUACCUAGCGAGGCCUUUAUCCAUUAGGUGCUUUCCUGGGGAGGAGUGGGGAUGAACUUUAUCUAGCUAACACCAGUAUUAAAACUCAAACCCAGAUUGCUUACAGGUGGCUGCCUUGAAAAAGCAAGAAAGUCCUUAAAUGUGUUUGACUCUGGCUUCGCUUCCAGGCAUCCCUGAUAAUCAAGAACAGUUGCAUUGUAAUAGACUGUCAAGCUUGUUAAAAGUAGGUUGCACCAUAUAUUGUCUCUAGGAAGAUUAGAGGAAAGUCUUUAACAGAAAUAAAGCAUUGU